ACUAAAGUGCAUCAUGAGUUACAGCUGCUUUGUGCAAUGUGACUUUUGGCAUUCAGUGAGAAGCCGAAUAUUCCUGAGACUAACAGUAAACCACAGACAUUGAAAAAGAGGAUGUGUACUCCCACAGCAGCAACUGCCCUCCAGAAAAAGGAAGAGGUGGAAAAGUUAGUUAGUAAAAGCCAAGAGGCCAAAUCAUUUGCCUAUUGUCCAUACAGCAAGUUCCCGGUUGGAGCUGCUUUACUGACUGAGGAUGGAAAAAUCUUCACAGGCUGCAAUGUUGAAAAUUCGUGUUUCCCGUUGGGAAUCUGUGCUGAAAGGACAGCCAUUCACAAGGCUAUCUCAGAAGGUUCCAAAAAAUUCAAGGCAAUAGCUAUUUCUAGUGAUAAAACAGACAAUUUCAUUGUUCCAUGUGGUGCAUGCAGACAAGUCAUGAAUGAGUUUGGAACCAAGUGGGAAGUCCACUUGACAAAACCAGAUAAGUCCUACAAGACGAUGACAGUUGAAGAACUCUUGCCAAUGUCCUUUGGACCUUCAGACCUAGCAACCAAAUAGUGGGCGAUGCACUGAGUAAUUACAUGUGGAAUUGUUCAGAGCGGAGUACUUCUCCCCAUGAGGAUAAUAAGGAAUUUUUAGAUUUACUCUUGUAACAUUAUUUGCAAUUUCCUAAUGCAUUCAAGUAGCUUCUUAAACAUCUCCAGGAGACUAUGGAAUGUUUCUGCGUUUCAUACUUGACAUUACAUUUGAACCAUUACUCAGAAACAUCAAAGUGUGAUACGUAUAGAAAAUAUGUGCAAAUAAAAUUACUUCGCUCAA